AUGCUUGCUCCCACUUUGGAGAUUGCGAAUCUGGCAGGACCCGACUCCGUGGUUCCUAACAACGAUAAGUUUCACAUCCUAUCCCAGGCGGCCUGCUACAGGAUCUCCUUGGGCCAGGACUACUUCGCCCAUGGGUCGUUCGCAUGUUACAAGCUACGAGACCGUGCGGACUUGGGAGCCACCAUUUGGGAGGGCUUCAAGGGCGGCUUGCACGAGUACUUUGUCGUGAGGGUUGCACCCAUCUCAACAGUGAUCCUGAACUUGUUCGGCAAGUUAGUCUUGGGGGAGCUGUUUGUGCAGGCCCGGAUGCUGAGCGGCUUUUUGGUGUUCGAAAGAUCUUGGCCUCUUAACCGCGACCUGCGGGUAGGGACAGUGUCGUUGGCCAUCCGGGCGGCCAUGCUUGAGGCGAACAUGAUGAGAUGUUCGCAAACUGUCAGGCUCGUAGGCAGCACUGGCCAAUUGCACCUGAGGUCGCUGCUUUGGUCAAGCAGUCGACCGAAGGCAAAGUACCAGAAAAUCCUCGUCGCCUCGAAGAAGCGACUGCUGCAGAAGACUGAUCCUAGGAAGCUUGCCUUGAUCAAGCUGGUCCCGGUAUUCUAA